AUGAGAGUUUCCCGGCGGCCGAUGACGUCCAUGGCUUUGGCCCCUGCGAGUGAGGGGGAGGUGGCUCGCGUCUUGCGGAGUCUCAAGGCGAAAAAGUCCUGUGACAUCCAAGGAGUAUCGUCAUGGGAGAGGUCACGUGAUCACGAGUGGUUUACUGUAGAGCUGUACGUGUCAAUUAGGAUCACUUCAAUGUAUUGUAGCACGGACCAUGCGGCUCGCAACAGUUACAGUCUUUACGAUGUACCGGGAGGACUGAUAGCUCUCCUGUCUGUGUUCUAUGGCACAAUAUCUGUGGUGGCGGUGGUGGGCAACUCGCUGGUCAUGUGGAUUGUUGCCACAAGCAGAAGGAUGCAGAACGUCACCAAUUGCUUCAUAGCGAAUCUGGCUCUUGCCGACAUCGUCAUUGGCUUGUUCGCUAUUCCAUUCCAGGUAAAAAUAAUAAUAUAUGCCACUUUACUCCAGAGGUGGAACCAACCACACUUCAUGUGUGCGUUCUGUCCGUUCGUGCAGGUAUUGACUGUCAAUGUGUCCGUGUUCACGCUUACUGCUAUAGCCGUGGACCGGCAUCGUGACAUCCUCAACCCGCUUAGCGCAAGACCUUCGAAGUUACGUGCCAAGAUAUCCAUAGCAUGCAUUUGGUGUGUCGCAGGGAUCUUAGCUGUACCCAUGGCUAUUGCACUUAGAGUAGCCAUUGUCGAGGAAGUCGAUUCAAGUAGGUAUCGAUACAUCAACGUUAUAUGGUUCUGCUGUGACUGGUUAGCUAUGAGCAACAGCUGUUACAAUCCCUUUAUAUACGGAAUAUACAAUGUAAAGUUCUUCGAGAAAUUCAAGCAACGGUUUCCGUUUCACCAGAGGAAGUGGAUGACGGGAAGCGGAGGUGACAGUGUUGACUUGGAGAAGACAUAUCUGGGCGGCCGUGGCUCCGUGCACUCUUCCCACAGUCCGGGAUACGACUGGAGACGGUCGUACAGAGCCACGUCACACAACGGUGCCGCACAGUACAGCCGCGCUUCCUCCAGAGCCAAAGACUUGUACGUGUUCCACAACAAGAGUUCCACCGUGGUCAGGCAGGCCAGCAACACCGAGCUUGAAGAAUUGUGCUUAUAAACACUUUAGGAUUAGUGCUCAUAUCUCGAGCACAGGUCGUACAGAGCCACGUCACACAACGGUGCCGCACAGUACAGCCGCGCUUCCUCCAGAGCCAAAGACUUGUACGUGUUCCACAACAAGAGUUCCACCGUGGUCAGGCAGGCCAGCAACACCGAGCUUGAAGAAUUGUGCUUAUAAACACUUUAGGAUUAG